ACUCCCCGGGAAAAUGUUGGUUCUCUCUCUCUCUCUCAUCUUUCCUGGAAAAGUAUCAUGAGGUUUUUCCUUUCCAAGUUUGGAGGCACAGAAGCAUAAAGGUUGGAACUUUUCAAAUUACGCCUUUGACGUUUCGAGUAAGAUUCUGAUGGAUGAUGGGCUUCUUCCUUUGGAUUCUCUGAGUAAUUCGCACGGGCAGACAGAGCGCGAGAAAGUGAGAGAAAGUGAGAGAAAAUGAUGGGUCUGAUAUGCCGUUCCGCUUCGUCUUCUCCCACUUGUUCAUCAUCCUCUCCGAGAUCAUGGGUCUUUUGUUCCUUCUCUGCAGGAAUUCUGAGAAUGUGGUUUCGCAGAAUGUACUUGACGCAUCACUUCCAAGAUUCCCUUCUUACCGUACACCGCAGAUUGUACCUAUCGAGAAGAGAUUAUCCCACCAAGCUUCCAGUGUCAGUGAAACGCCAAAGUCUCCGGAGAAACUGAGGGAUGAGAUUGCUUCGCUCGAGUUUGAAAUCCUGCGUUUGGAACGGUAUCUGCUGUCCCUUUACAGGACAGCCUUCGAUGCUCAAGUUCCUUCCUUGUCUGGUCUUACAGGAACAAACUUACCAAACGACCUAGCUGGUUCACCAUCCGUGUCCUUGGCAAAACAGUUUAGUCAUAAGUUCGAUCAGAGACCCGAGCCCGUCACUGGGUUUGGCUACCGUUAUCAAGCCUCUCCUUCUUACAACAAUCCAUUUUCGUACCCCCGGGGUUUCCCUGGUACUCUAAAGGCCUUGUCAGCGAGGGAAGGGAGAAAACAGGUUUCUGGUAAUCGCAGACUCGGAGAUCUUCUCGGUGCUUCUCAUAUCAUUGAAAACAUUGUCAACCCGAAUAAGCUUUCAGAAGAUAUCGUCAGAUGCAUAUGUUCUGUAUACUAUACGCUUUCCGGCUGCUCAAGAACAGAUUCUGGUUUCUCAUAUUCUCCGCCUUCAUCAUUGUCUUCCUCCAGUGUAUUUUCUUCCAAGGCUCCUUACGAUAAUAGCUUGAGUCUUCACUGCAACGAAGAUAAUAUUCUGAACCAGCGUUUCGCGGACAAUCAAGAAGCGGAUUUUUCCUCGGCUAUCGUAAUAGAGACUUUGAAAAUACACCCAGAUGACGGUAGUUUCAAUUACGCCGCCCUUAUGCUGCAAAACUUCAGAUCUUUAGUUCAGAAUCUCGAGAAGGUCGACCCGAGUGGAAUGAAGCGAGAAGAGAAGCUUGCGUUUUGGAUAAACAUACACAAUGCACUAGUGAUGCACGCUUACUUAGCCUACGGAAUCCACAACCGUGCAAGAAACACCGUGAUUUCAAAGGCAACAUACGAUGUUGGAGGCCAACGGGUAAACCCUUACAUUAUACAGAGCUCCAUCUUAGGCAUCCGACCCCAUUACUCUGUACCCAAGCUGCAGACACUGUUCUCGCCAUCAAGAAAGUCGAAAACUUGUAGUAUCAGACACAUAUACGCCUUGGAGUAUCCUGAACCUUUGGUCCAUUUCACACUUUCUUCUGGUGCAUCCAUGGAGCCUCCGGUUCGGGUUUAUACUGCAGACAGUAUAUUCAGGGAUCUAAGACAAGCCAAAGGAGAGUUCAUCAGAAACAACGUGAGAACCCACAAAGGGACAAAGAUUUUAUUGCCCAAGAUCAUCUGUUACUACAUGAAAGACAUGUCAAUGGACAUGUCUGGUUUCUUGGAAGCAACAACUGAUUGUUUACCUGAUGGAGCGAAGAGAAUUGCCCAGAAAUGUUUGAAGGACAAGAAGAACAAACACGUUGAAUGGUUGCCGGAAAACUCAGAUUUCCGGUAUGUUAUCGCCGGAGAAUUGGCCAGAGGAAGAACCAAGAGAUGAUAUAAAUCUCAUCUGUUUUCUUUUUUUUCCUUUUUGUGAUUGGUGUAAAGUUUGUUGUUUACUUCUUGUAAACUCAGAGGUGUUUAGAUUUUCUAUAGGAGGGUGUGAGCGAAAUUUGGUAUUGGUAACUUGGUGAUCAAGUUAUUAGAUAACCGGAAAUUUGAUUUCGGUUUGGUUUUUGUUGUAUACAUACAUGUUUAAGUAAGUAGGUGAUUUGCUUAA